AUGAAGAUAAAGAAGAUCGAACCUGAUUACCUCCACUCUUCGCUUCGCCCGGUGCAGAUGGACCAAGCAAUGGUCUUCGGGGACCUUCACCACACCGGUUCAGUAAACGUUGAUCUGCUCUGUUUGCUCUGUAGCUCUGUAGUCGUUGGUCCUGGUCCAAAUACCAUUGAGCAGGUUAGACCAGAUCAUAGAUGGGGAGGAAAUAAGCCUUCAUGUCAAGAAAAGUCUCCUCCCCCUCGCUCACCGUCUACAGAAAACGAGUUGGGUUGUGGCGUUUCAAAAUCACAAAUGAUGGACUCUUCCGCCCUGUACCUGAGUGAGCGCAUUUUUAUUUUUUUGGGAGAGAGAGCGCGAAGCGGGUGCGCUGUUAGCAACGUGAACGACUUAUUGGAGCCCGGUAUCUUCGUCUGGCAAUUGGCUGCCAGCUAUCGCCUCCACGUCUCUACAAUGCAAUGA